AUGCUUCUUCUUCUCUCUCUUUCCCCCCUCUCCUUCCCUCUCACCCUCUGCCACUUCCUCUCCCUCUCUCUCACUAUCACUAUCUCUCCCUCUCCCCCUCUCUCACUGUCACUAUCUCUCCCUCUCCCUCUCUUGUUGAUCUGGUGUCUCUAUCCAACUAUCAUUUAUCUAUCUGUCUAUUUAUCUUAUAAUUAUCUAUCUAUUGCAAUUUGUUCAUAUCUGUCUAUCUGUCUAUCUAUCUUUCACAAUUUGUUCAUAUCUAUCUAUCUAUUUAUCUGUCUAUCACAUUUUGUUCAUAUCUAUCAAUGUAUCUAUCACAAUUUGUUCAUAUCUAUCUAUCUAUUAUCUAUCUAUCGCAAUUUGUUCAUAUCUAUCUAUAUCAUUCUAUCUAUCGCAGUUUGUUCGUCUAUCUUAUCAUUAUCUAUCUAUUGCAAUUUGUUCAUGUCUGUCUAUCUAUCUGUCUAUCUAUCUAUCACAAUUUGUUCAGAUCUAUCUAUCUAUAUAUCUAUCUAUCGCAAUUUGUUCAUGUCGCUCUCUUUCUAUCUGUCUAUCACAAUUUGUUCAUAUCUCUAUGUAUGUAUCUCUCUAUCUAUCUUCAUUUAUUCAAUACCUAUGUAUUAG